AUGGGACACUCGGUUGUCCUCCUUGUGGUGGCCCUGGCCACUCUUCCAGCUUGGGGGACUGGGGCUCCUGUCCAAAGGCAGCACAAGUUACUCUUUGUGUCUUUUGACGGCUUCCGCUGGGACUAUGACCAAGAUGUGGACACCCCUAAUCUGGACACCAUGGCCCGAGAGGGAGUGAAAGCGCGAUACAUGACUCCUGCCUUCGUCACCAUGACUAGCCCCUGUCACUUCACACUGGUCACUGGCAAAUACAUCGAGAACCACGGGGUGGUGCAUAACAUGUAUUACAAUACCACCAGCAAGGUGAAGCUGCCCUACCACGCCACGCUCGGCAUCCAGAGGUGGUGGGACAACGGUAGCACACCCAUCUGGAUCACAGCCCAGAGGCAGGGCUUAAAAACCGGCUCCUUCUUCUACCCCGGUGGGAACGUCACCUACCAAGGCGAAGCCGUGACAAUGAGCCGAAAGGAAGGCAUCUUUCACAACUACAAAGAUGAGAAGGAGUGGAGGGGAAACGUGGACACGGUGAUGAAGUGGUUCACGGAGGAAGACGCGGCCCUGGUCACUCUCUACUUUGGGGAGCCAGACUCCACUGGCCACAAGUACGGCCCCGCGUCCCAGGAGAGGAGAGACAUGGUGAAACAAGUAGACAGGACCGUGGGCUACCUCCGGGAUAGCAUCGAGCGUCACCACCUCACAGACAGCCUCAACCUGAUCGUCACAUCAGACCAUGGCAUGACAACAGUCAACAAGGCAGCCAGCGACCUGGUCGAGUUCCACAAAUUCCCCAACUUCACCUUCAAAGACAUCGAGUUCGAGCUCUUAGACUAUGGACCCAGUGGGUUGCUGAUUCCCAAGGAAGGGAUGAUGGAGAAAGUGUACAGCGCCCUCAAGGAUGCCCACCCCAGGCUGCACGUGUACAAGAAGGAGGACUUCCCUGAGACCUUCCACUACGCCAACAACCCCAGGAUCACGUCCCUGCUCAUGUACAGUGACCUCGGCUACGUCAUCCAUGGGCGAAUAAAUGUCCAGUUCAACAAUGGGGAACAUGGCUUUGACAACCGGGCCAUGGACAUGAAGACCAUCUUCCGGGCUGUGGGUCCCAGCUUCAAGGCAGGCUUGGAGGUGGAGCCCUUUGAGAGCAUCCAUGUAUACGAGCUCAUGUGCAAGCUGCUGGGCAUUGUGCCGGAGCCCAACGAUGGACAUCCUGGCACCCUGCAACCCCUGCUCCGAUCGGGGUCCGCUGCUCUCCUGCUCGGCAGCCAGUUCCACUUGAUCCUGGCAUUGAUGGGGAUCCUAACGAUUCUGAUGAAGGUCACAUAA